ACCCACAAAACAAGUGUGAAUGAGGCGAAGUCUCUGAUUAGAGUACCCCUCAAUUUGCAUCCUAUGCUCAUGCCCCUGCUUCGAUCUAUGGUUUUCUCUUGGAGAAGAACGUUAAGCAGACAAGGGAUGACUCUUCUAUUUUCUUUACAAAGAAAAAGAAAAUUUAUUAUUCUGUUUUCACUCUAGCCAUUCAACUUCAAAAUUAGAUUUUCUAGGGGGUGUGGUGAAUUACUCCUUCAACUGCUACACAUUAAUUUCAACCUUUGCACAACCUUGAAGGGUGAUGAUAUUGAUUGCCCAGUUGAGGCCAGUUCAAUUUGCAUCCAAAAAUGAUUCUUCCCCAACAUACAAAUUUAGCUAUCGUUCUCACAAUAUUCAUGGCGAUCACAACAAGAGCACAAAACUUCACACGCUGCAAUAACAAAUGCGGAGGGCAAACCCUGCAGUACCCUUUUGGCUUCUCCGAAGGUUGUCCAAUCCAAUUGAACUGUAACAACAGCCAAGUCCAAAUCGGUGAGUUUCUGGUCCAGAACGUAACCAAUAGCAACAUAUUCAUCAAUCUCCCUGCAAAAUGCAACCGUAGCAUACAAUCCCUUCAUCCACUUUUCGGUGCCAAGUUUGCUCCCACUCUGAACAAUAGCUUUCUGGUGCAAGAUUGUAGAGAUGUGUUGGGUGGGUGCGUUAUUCCCGCUUCCAGUUUUGUGGGAAGCGAGAUUGAGGUGGAAAGUUGCGAUAAUAGAAGUGGUAAUAUAAGUUGCUUUUCGAAGCAGCCACAAAAAGAUAACGAAGUGAGUGUUGUUAAAUACGAGGAUUUGAACCAAACUGGGUGCAACUACUUGUUCUCUGCUGUGACUUUUGGGCAUAGCAAAGAGAUUUCGCUGCAAUUUCAGGUGGUAGAGUUGGGAUGGUGGCUUCAAGGGGGGUGUCAAUGCUCUGAAAACGCUACCUGCACACCACUCCAUCUCCACGGAGGAAGCUUCGGGUUCCGCUGUCAGUGCCAAGAUGGUUUUCGGGGAGAUGGAUUCAUCAACGGCACCGGUUGCCGGAAAGCUUCAGCUCCAAGUUGCAGUGCUUCAACGUUAACGUCUGGGAGAUGUGGGAAAGCAACCAAAAUCGGUUUUAUUGUUGGAGUGAUCAUUACUGGAACUUUGGUCGUAGCUGUUCUGUUUCUUCUGUACUACUGUGCCAGGCGCCGUUGUACUUGGUUGGGAAAACAUACCAGAGUAAAGCGCCUAUUACGUGAAGCUGCAGGCAAUUCUAGCGUACCUUUCUACCCUUACAAAGAAAUUGAAAGAGCUACAAAUUCUUUCUCUGAUAAACACAGGCUAGGAACUGGGGCUUUUGGUACAGUUUAUGCUGGAAAACUUCACAACGAUGAGUGGGUUGCUAUAAAGAAGUUAAGGCAAAGAGACACCAACAGUGCUGACCAAGUCAUGAAUGAGAUCAAGCUCCUUUCUUCAGUGAGUCAUCCAAAUUUAGUUCGUCUCCUAGGUUGCUGCAUAGAGAAGGGGGAACAGAUCCUUGUUUAUGAAUAUAUGCAAAAUGGAACACUGUCUCAGCAUUUGCAAAGAGAGAGUGGUAAAGGACUUCCAUGGACAAUACGACUUACCAUUGCUACUGAAACUGCUAAUGCUAUAGCAUAUCUCCAUUCUGCAAUCCAUCCUCCAAUUUACCAUAGAGACAUAAAAUCCAGUAAUAUACUCUUGGAUUAUAACUUCAAAUCUAAAGUGGCUGAUUUUGGGCUUUCUAGGCUUGGAAUGACAGAAACAUCUCAUAUCUCAACUGCCCCACAAGGGACUCCAGGUUAUGUUGAUCCACAAUACCAUCAGAAUUUUCAUCUUUCUGAUAAAAGUGAUGUCUACAGUUUUGGAGUAGUUUUGGUGGAGAUAAUAACUGCCUUGAAAGUGGUUGAUUUUGCUCGACCUCAGAGUGAGGUCAACUUGGCUGCACUUGCUGUUGAUAGGAUUAGGAGGGGUGCGGUAGAUGAGAUCGUAGAUCCUUUCCUUGAACCACAUAGAGAUGCUUGGACACUAUAUUCUAUUCAUAAGGUGGCUGAGAUUGCAUUUAGAUGCCUUGCUUUUCAUAGUGACAUGAGGCCUACUAUGAUGGAAGUGGCAGAAGAGCUAGAACACAUCAGACACAGCGGAUGGGCAACUAUGGAAGAAACUAUCAUGGCUUCAUCUGUUGGCUCUGCAAGUUCAUCACCUCGUCAUGGAAGUGAGAAGUCACUUGGUGGUAUUAAGAAAAGUGGGCAAGGGAGUGAGAGAUUGAUUGUCCCACAGAAAACCGAGAGUUUUUUGCAAUCUGUGGAGGUGAAAGACAACUCACCUGUAUCAGUGCAUGAUCGUUGGUCAAGUGGACAGAGUUCACCUUCAACAAACAGCUUGUUGGGAAAUGUCGUUCGGUGACAUAUACUUUGGGUGGAUAGCCUCUAGCAAUGUGAAUACUAAAGGCAUAUAACACUUCUUUUCUCUUACGCAGUUAUUGCUGUAGCUAUUUUUGUGUAUGAUUGUCAUUAGGAUUCUGCUUUACUAACAACUUCCACAGCUUAUUUGCAUAAAUCAUCAGUAAUCAAUAUACAAAAUUCAAUGUACUACGUAUAAUUAUGG